AUGGAGAUCGUGAUUGCUGGAAAAAAGUUCCUGAUAAUUGGGACUUCAACUAAGCAUAUCGUUAACCAAGAAUGUACUGGCUUUAUCUUGACGGUUGAGGACUUUGGUCAGGGUCGAGAUGGUCUUCUUAAUGCAAUCUAUGUUUAUGUGGAAGAGUUGAAGCAGAUGGCAGAGCGCUUCCAAGCUGCGAUUUGCAACCUUGGUAAUGCUCAUGCGCAUACGGACAUGACCGAUCUCAUUAGCCCUCGCUAUCAGAUCACCAUGGAUGGCAAACAGGCUGCUCGGCUCGUCCGUGAAAUUAAGGUCGACUAUCUUGUUCCAAUGCAUUAUGAUUCGUGGCAUCACUCAACGCAGUUUGGAAAAGAGCUGCGUCAGGUUUUCCAGGAAGAAGGAAUCAACGACCAGAUAAGUUUUUGGAAAGGAACAGAUGAUUCGGCAGCCCGUGACCUCAAGCACGUGGCCUCAGCCCCAGUGGGCUCUUUCCAACCCUCUUCUUCCUCGUCCUCUUCCCCAACUUGUCCAUAG